UGGGGACCACAUCGAUGCAUCGAGGGUCGUCGUCGUCACAGUUUUUGCCCUGGGCUAAGUAGCUCAUUUUUCAAAGCCAGGAAUAUAUAAAGGGAGACGUAUCCUCGUAUAUGCACGAACAUUCGUCUCUCUCUCUCUCUCUCUCUAACAAUAUAGAGAAAAGUCCAAUCACUGUAUCCUCUUGGUGGAGGAGAUUCAGAAUAGAAGAAAAGGGGAGGAAGAUAGGUGACAAAGAUUAAAAAAUUGAAUCCGUUAUUCGAUCUGCCAUGAAAAAUCCGACAUUUUUUCUUAUUUUUUUUCUACCUGAAUCAUUAUUAAUAUUGGUUGAUUAAUUUCAUCCUAUCGCUAGAUCCCUGCUUCGAUCUUUCAAGAGCAGAGCUUCAAUUGGUUGGUGUUGGGGGUGGGCGUUCUUUUGGCUGUUCGUAGUUGUUUCAAUAGAAAGGAAGGAGAGAUGAAGGUGAUGAAGUCUCAGGUUUGGCAACCCUGUAAGAAGAAGAGAUCUUAGAAGUCUGUGAAAAGAAAAUAUAGAAGAAGAGAUAAGGGGGAGUGAGAGACUGCGGGAAAGGAAAUCAAGAAUCUGAAGAUGACUUCUCGUGCCAGUAGCAGCAGCAGAACGCGUAUCGGGAAGUACGAUCUAGGUCGGACGCUUGGCGAGGGUACGUUUGCUAAGGUGAAGUUCGCUCGCAAUGCCGAGACGGGGGAGAAUGUUGCCAUUAAGAUUCUCGAUAAGGAGAAGGUUCUCAAGCAUAAGAUGGUUGGUCAGAUUAAACGUGAAAUUUCAACCAUGAAAUUGAUCAGACAUCCAAAUGUCAUUCGUAUGUAUGAGGUGAUGGCUAGCAAGACAAAGAUAUAUAUUGUUCUCGAAUUUGUGAAUGGUGGUGAACUUUUUGACAAAAUUGCUAGUCAUGGGAGAUUGAAGGAAGAUGAAGCAAGAAAGUAUUUUCAGCAGCUGAUCAAUGCUGUAGAUUACUGUCACAGCAGGGGUGUUUUUCACAGAGACCUGAAGCCUGAAAAUCUGCUUCUGGAUGCUAAUGGAAUUCUUAAAGUCUCAGAUUUUGGAUUAAGUGCACUACCUCAGCAAGUUCGGGAAGAUGGGUUACUUCACACAACAUGUGGGACACCAAAUUAUGUUGCUCCAGAGGUGAUUAACAACAAAGGUUAUGAUGGAGCAAAGGCAGACCUGUGGUCAUGCGGGGUAAUCCUUUUUGUUCUUAUGGCCGGUUAUUUGCCUUUUGAGGAUUCCAAUCUUAUGCAAUUGUAUAAGAAGAUAUUUAAGGCUGAUUUCAACUGUCCUUCAUGGUUCUCAACAAGUGCAAAAAAAUUAAUCAAAAGGAUCCUUGACCCCAAUCCAGCGACAAGAAUUAGCAUUUCUGAGGUCAUAGAGAAUGAGUGGUUUAAGAAAGGAUAUAAGCCGCCUAUUUUUGAGUCAGCAGAUGUUAGUCUUGAUGAUGUGGAUGCCAUUUUUGAUGAAUCUGUGGACUCUGGAAAUCUUGUUGUAGAGCAGCGAGAAGAAAAGCCAGCUGCAAUGAAUGCUUUUGAGCUCAUCUCUACCUCUCAGGGUCUGAACCUCAGUUCUUUAUUUGAGAAGCAGAUGGGACUUGUUAAGCGGAAAACAAGAUUUACAUCUAAAUGCCCUGCCAAUGAGAUAAUCUCAAAAAUUGAGGAAGCUGCCACACCUUUGGGAUUUGAUGUGAAGAAAAACAAUUACAAGAUGAAGCUUCAAGGGGAGAAAACUGGAAGAAAGGGUCAGUUAUCAAUCACAACAGAGAUUUUUGAGGUUGCCCCUUCACUGCACAUGGUUGAGCUUAGGAAGUCUGGUGGAGAUACCCUGGAAUUUCACAAGUUUUACAAGAACAUCUCAACUGGGUUGAAAGAUAUCAUCUGGAAAUCAGAGGAAGUAAAUGGAGAAAAAGGUACUGUACCAUCUUUAAGAUAACUUCCCUUCAGGUUUUUUGUUGAUGGUGUUCACGGACUUCUAAGAUCAAAUAUUUUUUUCUUUUUUAUUAAUUGCUUAACUAAGAAUGAAAUGGUUGAGUGGCUUAUGGAUUGAAUGCAAUAUCAGAUGAAGAAUAUUAAACAAUUUUCAUUGCUGUGAUGAUACUAGGUACAUAAAACUUGUGACUCCACGAUCGGAUGUAGGAUAAUAUUGUAAUAGUAUCUUCAAUAUAUCAAAAAUUUAUAAGCACAUGGAUUGAAUGCAC